UCUUCUCCGGCGGGAGGCGACAAGAUGGCGGUAGGGGUUCAGGGGUCAACCCUAAGCAGCCGCUGCCAACCGCGCUUGCGUAGCGCGCUGUCAGGCGUCAAAGUUGGUGAAUCUAAAGAAAAUUGUUGUGGGAUUUCCUUUGAAGUAAAUAGGAUGAGCAGUUUGUUGAUGGAUUUAUUACACAAAGGAAGUGCAAGCUUAAUAGCAACACUGUGUGUGGCUGCAAAGCAGGGUAUUUCUGCAAGCAAACAGGUUUUGAAAGCUGCUGGAAUUGCCAACAUUACACACCAUGUCCACCAGGUCAAGGAGUCAAAGCACCAGCCACCGGAAAACAGAAGUGAACUUCAUUCAAUAAGUGAAGAAGAUAUUCAGAUGAUCAGCGAAGACAAUUCUGCACAAGCUGAUAUUCUCAGCACAGAAGAACAGGAAAAGGAAAGAGAAACAGAACUGGAAAGAGAAAGAGAACUGGAAAGAGAAAGAGAACUGGAAAGAGAAAGAGAACUGGAAAGAGAAAGACAACUGGAAAGAGAAAGACAACUGGAAAGAGAAAGAGAACUGGAAAGGGAAAGAGAACUGGAAAGGGAAAGAGAACUGGAACGGGAAAGAGAACUGGAACGGGAAAGAGAACUGGAACGGGAAAGAGAACGAGAACGGGAAAGAGAAAGAGAAAAACCAGAAAGAAAAAAAGAGGGACGGGAAAGGGCAAGGGAAAAGAGACAAGCAUCAAGAUACAAAGAUGAACCUGCGCAAGCGGGACCUUCCACAGAAAGCCCUGAGACAUCAAUGGAACAAGUGAGGAGGAAAAACAAGGCAGAGAGAAGGAGGAGGAGGCUAGCUGCCCUCCAGUCGAAAGAGGAGCCAACUAUUGAAGAGGCCUGAGCAUUGCAGUGUCUGUGCUGCAUUUCAAAAUGGUACUGGGGAAAGAGGGAUCACUUGACCACAACGAACUUUCUUCCGAGGACCAAACCCUCCCUUCCAACUCCUGGCCCCUCUGGCUCUGUGUGACCUAUGCGUCUCCUCCCUCGAGCUAAAGGGCACGCUGCUAAGAAACUCAUAGUCUGUAUCUGAACUACUUGGUGUAGAGACUCCCUUCCUAUCAUCACUGUGGGUGCACAUAAGCCUUAUGGACUGCAGCAGGUCAAGAAGGUAGUUCACCACCACCUCAUCAAAAGCAAAUAGGGAUGGGCAAAAAUGCUUAUACCCAAUGAAUGAGUACAUUAAAAAAGGACACUUCUAAGAAAUGAGGGAAAUGUAUACUGAUCCCCUGUAACAUGGACAAGAUGCAGCACCUGGCUUAAGAAUAGCUGUGUGGAGGACCAUGGAAUCCAAGAACAAGAAACAGGAUGAGUGAAGAGCAUUGCGGGUACCCGUGACCUGCUGGUACGUUGACCACAACAUGAUGCUUCUCAAUCAUUUAAGGGGCCAAAAACUGGACCUCCUUUGCUAGCUUGUUAACUUGUCUGCCAAAGUACAAUGGAACUGUAACUGAUGUCCAUCUCUCCUUCACUGCAGCACCAAAUGCUGUGCGGACAAUCCAGGGCCAUGAUGGACAUGUUGAUUGAUAGAAAGGCAUCAGUUCAGAAGGGCACAUUGUUAAACUUCCAGGUUUAGUGCCAAAUGCUGUUUUUUUUAAGGAGAUGGAUGCUUACAGUGAUUCUCCGAUGAUGUAGCCAGCAGCUACAGGGAUUAUUGCCCGGAACCUAACUCCCUGAUCCAAAUGCAAAGGCUGAGCUAUUGGCACAGGGUUUAUGGAUGUGGAGGAGCAAGCAAUACGAAAAUGCAUAGUUCUUAAUUCUUAUUUGCAUUAAUUUCUCAAGUACUGUUUUUUGACCUGUUGCAUUAAAUAAAAACUCAAUUUAAAAUCUCA